AUGGCGUCCGCGAGCGCGACGCGCGCGCCGAUAUUCGCGCGCGCGCGAACCGCCGCGCCCGCGGCCGCCGAGCGCGUCGCCGCGACGCGCGGGUUUCGAGGCGGCGGGGGCUGUCGGACUUUCGAGGCGAGAGGGUUUGGAGGGCAUCGUCGUCGAGCGACGACGCCGCGCGCCGCGGCGAUCGACCGCGACCGCGAGAGCGGCGGCGACUCGAAGACGCGCGGCGACGUCUCCGCGCGCGCGAUCGCGGAGCCGACGAAGGAGGACCGCGCGAACGACGACGUCUGCCCGUCCUCGCUGCAGGGCAUCCUGCGUUGCAAGUCCGGCGAGCUCACAAAGAUCUUGUGCGCGAACCGCGGCGAGAUCGCGGUUCGCGUCUUCCGCGCGGGCACCGAGCUCGGAAUGCGAACCGUCGCGAUUUUCUCCGAAGCCGACCGCCUCGCGACGCACCGGUACAAAGCCGACGAGUCCUACUGCGUCGGCGUGGGCGAGACCCCGGUCGGCGCGUACCUCGGAUACGAAGACAUCAUAAAGACCGCGCUGGAGAAUGGCGUGCAGGCGAUCCACCCCGGAUACGGCUUCCUGUCCGAGAACGCGGACUUCGCGCGCAGAUGCGAGGAAGAAGGUUUGACGUUUAUAGGCCCGAGGAGCGAGACGAUCGCGCAGAUGGGAGACAAGGUGAUCGCGAAGCGGCUCGCGAAGGAGUGCGACCUGCCGCUGGUGCCGGGCACGGAUGAGGCCACCGACGAUUUCGCCGAGGCGGAGGCUUUCGCGGAGACGUUCGGGUUCCCGAUCAUGCUGAAAGCGGCCAUGGGCGGCGGCGGGCGCGGGAUGCGCAUCGUGCGCACGAUGAACGACCUGAAGGAAGGGUUCACGAGGGCGUCGUCCGAGGCGUUGGGCGCGUUCGGCGACGGGCGGAUGUUCCUGGAGCGAUACGUCGAGGCGCCGCGGCACAUCGAGGUGCAGAUCCUCGCGGACGCGCACGGGAACGUCGUGCACCUCGCGGAGCGCGACUGCUCCGUGCAGCGACGGCAUCAGAAAGUCGUCGAGCUCGCUCCCGCGGCGGAGCUGUCGGACGAGCUUCGCAAGACGCUCCACGACGACGCCGUGCGUCUGGCGAAGCACGUCGACUACCGCAACGCCGGCACCGUCGAGUUCAUGGUGGACAAAGAAGGCCGGCACUACUUCCUCGAGGUGAACCCGCGGAUACAAGAAGUCACCGGGAUCGACCUGGUGCAAUCGCAGAUCCUCAUCGCCGGCGGCGCGACGCUCGCGGAGAUUGGCAUCGCGUCGCAGGAAGACGUCGUCGUCCAAGGCUUCGCGAUGCAAUGCAGGAUCACGACGGAGGACCCCCAGUUGAACUUCGCGCCGGACUUUGGCAAGGUGGAGGUGUACAGACCCCCGGGCGGGAUGGGCGUGCGCCUGGACGGCGAAGUCGUCGUCGGCUCGCGCGUGUCGCCAAACUACGACUCGCUUCUCGUGAAGCUCACGUGCAAGGAGAAAAACUUCCACGGCGUCGUGCAGAAGAUGUACCGCGCGUUGUCCGAGUUUCGCGUCCGCGGCGUCAAGACCAACAUCCCGUUCCUCCUCAACGUGCUCCAGUCCGAGACGUUCUUGUCCGGGGACUUCGCGACGGACUUCAUCGACUCCACCCCGAGCCUCUUCGAGCUCGACGUCGGCAGCGACGACAUGACGAAGCUGCUGACGUACCUCGGCGAGGUGGCGGUCAACGGCGCGAAGCACCCGGGCGCCGUCGGGCCCGCGCCGAUCGUCGAAGAGCCGACGCCGCCGGUCCCGUCGACGCCGAGCCCGCCGAGGGGAUUCAAGCAGAUCCUGGACGAGGCCGGCCCCGCGGGAUUCGCGAAGGCUGUGCGCGACCACGAGGGGUUGCUCAUCAUGGACACGACGUGGCGCGACGCGCACCAGUCCUGCCUCGCGACGCGGAUGCGCACGCGGGAUAUACUCGCCGCGGCGCCGUACACCGCGGAGGCGCUCGCGAGCGCGUACUCGCUGGAGAUGUGGGGCGGCGCGACGUUUGACGUGUCGCUUCGGUUCCUUCACGAGUGUCCGUGGAGACGUCUCGAGUCGUUGCGCGAGGCGGUGCCGAACAUUCCGUUUCAGAUGCUCCUGAGAGGCGCCAACGCGGUGGGCUACACGUCGUAUGCGGAUAACGUCGUGGACGCGUUCGUGAAGGAGGCCAGAAUCGCGGGCGUGGACGUGUUCCGCGUGUUCGACUCCCUCAACUACCUCGACAACCUCAAGUUUGGCAUCGACUCGGUGCGGAACGCGAACGGCGUCGUGGAGGCGACCGUGUGCUACACCGGCGACGUCGCGAACCCUUCAAAGGAGAAGUACUCGCUCGAGUACUACGUCCACCUCACCGAGCAGCUCGUCGCGCACGGGAUCGACGUCCUCGCGAUCAAGGACAUGGCCGGCUUGCUGAAACCGCGCGCGGCGACGAUGCUCGUCGGCGCGCUGCGCGAGAAGUUCCCGGACCUGCCGAUCCACGUCCACACGCACGACACCGCCGGCACGGGCGUCGCGUCGAUGCUCGCCGCCGCGGAGGCGGGCGCGGACGUCGUGGACGUCUGCACGGACGCGAUGGCGGGGCUCACGUCGCAGCCGUCCAUCGGCGCGCUCAUCGGAAGCACGCAAGGGACGUCGCUCGACACUGGGCUCGACAUGCCGAAGAUUCUCACCCUGAACAACUACUGGGAGCAGACGCGGGGGUUGUACUCCCCGUUCGAGUCCGGGAUCAAAUCCGGCAGCGCGGACGUGUACGUGCACGAGAUGCCGGGCGGACAGUACACGAACUUGAAAUUCCAGGCGUUCAGCAACGGCCUAGGGAGCGAGUGGGACAAGAUCAAGGCGGCGUACGCGACGGCGAACAGAGUCUUGGGCGACAUCGUGAAGGUCACGCCGUCGUCGAAGGUGGUCGGCGACCUCGCGCAGUUCCUCGUCGCCAACGACUUGGACGAAGUUUCCGUCGUCGAAAACGCGGAGACGCUGUCGUUCCCCACGAGCGUCGUGGAGUACUUCCAAGGGUACAUCGGUCAGCCCGCGGGCGGGUUCCCGGAACCGCUGCGAUCGCGCGUGCUCAAGGGUAAGGAUAACGGGUACACGACGCGACCGGGGAGCGAGAUCCCGGACCAGGACCUCACGGAGCUGCGCGACGGCAUCAUGCGAAAGCACGCGUCGAAAUUGAUCACCUGGCGCGACACCCUGAGUGCGGCGAUGUACCCCACCGUGUUCGACGAUUACGUCCGGAAGCUGAACCUUCACGGCCCGCUCACGACGUUGCCCACGAAGGCAUUCCUCGUCGGACUCGAAAUCGACGAAGAGUGCGAGGUUGAGCUCCGAGCCGGGGUGAAGGCGUCGAUCAAGCUGAAGGCGAUCGGCGAGCUGUUGCCGUCCGGCACGCGCGACGUCUUUUUCGAGAUGAACGGCAUCCCGCGCGUGGUGGAGAUCGAAGACAAGACGGACGACGGCGCGACGAAGAAGACGCUGCUCGCAAGCCGCGAGCGCAGCGACCCCGCGGACAUCGGCUCCGUCGGCGCGCCGAUGGCGGGCGAGGUCGUGGAGGUGCUCGUGACGUCCGGGGAGAUCGUCGAGGCGGGCGCGCCGCUCGUGGUGUUGUCGGCGAUGAAGAUGGAGACGACGGUGAGCGCGCCGUGCGACGGGCCGAUUCGGCACGUCGGCGUCGUGGCGGGGGACGGGUGCCGCGCGGGGGACCUGCUCGUCGCGAUCAAAGCGGACGGCGUGUGAGUGGAGUGAUGAUGAGGGCGGCGCGCGGAGGCGGGAGUGUGUUACGAGUGCGUGCGUGUAUACCACAGACGCGAGGCUUCUUUC